UAAUCCCCACUCAAUAACAUGGAGCCUCAGGAUGAGAUUUCGUCUCUAUACAGUCUCUCACCCCAAUUCUCAUCCAGGCUCAAAUCCAUCAUCCAAACCCACCACUCCCCCGGCACGGUGGCCCCGAACACGUGCACGUCCCUCAUAGCACGGCGAAUUGAAGCGCCGGCCUGUGCCGUGUGGCCCUUGGUGCGCGACUUUGCAAACCCUCAGAUGUACAAGCUCUUCAUCAAGAGUUGCCACAUGAGGGAAGGCAACGGCGGGGUUGGGAGUGUGCGUGACGUUGCGGUGAUCUCGGGAUUGCCGGCCUUGACGAGCGUGGAGAGAUUGGAGGUCCUCGACGAUGAGAGGCGCGUGCUGGGCUUUAGGGUGAUUGGGGGUGACCAUCGGCUCCACGACUACCGCUCGGUGACAUCGGUGAAUGAGGUGAUGACGAAUGAAGAAGAAGAAAGAAAGGUCAUGACUUUGGUUUUGGAGUCUUAUGUUGUGCAAAUCCCCGAAGGAAACACUUGUGAAGACACCAGGUUGUUUGCUGACACUAGUAAGCUGAACCUGCAAAAGCUUGAUGAAAUAGUCAUGGCUUCUUUAAAUAAAGAGAAAAUGAAGAAGGACAUGCAUGAUGGUGAUGAGAAGUGAUGAUGAUGACGAUUCAUAAUGAUGCGACUUUAUGGGUACAUACGAUUGUGUGAACAAUUCGCAUGUGAGUGUAAAUGAUGGUGCUUAUUGA